UCUUCGGUUCGCUUCAAAUCAAUCGCAUGAUUGGCAUUCAUUCAUAGCCGCCCUCUUUGCCGGCCCCACAAUGUUCUUAUCGCCCAACACUUCCAUUACUCCCUUUACUGUAUUGGAGUCAAAAAAGGCGGUGUUAGAGCCGAAACACAUGAAGCCCUCGUAUAUGAAAUUCUUGGACCGAAUGACUGCCCAUCGCCUACAUCUCCUCAACCGU